AUGUCUCUUCUGCUGUUCGGAGGUCGCCGUUCUCCUCUCGACUCCUUCUACCGCGAGAUGCGCGACAUCGAACGAGCCAUGGCCCAUCCGCACUGGCACGCCGCCAACUUCCUCGACUUUAACUCCGCUGCUGACGUCGGACAGGUCCGUUUUUACAUUUACUGACUACAGUUUUUCAACUGGGUUCGAAAACUGCAUAGGAGAUCUAUAAAAAAAAGAGAAAUAAAUUAUAUUUUGAAAGUUGAUAGAUCUGGCCCUGAUGAUCACGAAAACAUGUAUCUUUUUUAGGAAAAAAAAUUUUUUUUUCAAACCUUUCACAUUCACAUUCUCUUUAUAGCAACUUUCAGGGCCCAUAACUUUUCUCAUAGAUCUCUUAUGCCUUUUCCAAUCACAAAAUCAGAAAUAGCUCAAAAAUUACGCCUAGUUAUCCUAGCCUCUAGUUUUCACGCAAAUAUAAACCCAGACAAUUUGUAGGUGACCAACGACGCCGACAAGUACGGCCUGAAGCUGGACGUCUCCCACUUCCGCCCAGAAGAGCUGCAAGUUCACUUGGACGGCCGAAAAUUGACUGUCGAGGGCAAACACGAGUCCCGCACUGAGCAUGGAAGCACUCAGAGGUUGGUUAUUUGGAAGAAACAGCGAAAAUGGAAGAAAAAAUGCUUAUUUCAUUCCGCCUAGAAAAUGAUGAAAGCAUGAAUUUCCAAUAAGAUGAUUCCAGAUCCUUCGUCCGCAGCUUCCUCCUGCCAGAAGACGUCGACGUCGCCGCCGUCAGCUCGAAUCUGACCAACGAGGGUCACCUGGCGAUCGAGGCCCCUAAGGUGGCCACUACCCGCGGUCGAGCCAUUCCAAUCACCCGCGCAUCUAACGAGGCUAUCACUGCCAAGCCAAAGGAGAACGCCGAGAAGAAAUAA